GCCAGCGAGCAUCGCACUCGCCGGCUCGCCUCUUUUCGAGAAAUCCAAUGAAGCAUCGACCUUCGGCCGGUAUUUAAGCGCUUCGCUCUGCUCUCGCCCGUUGUCACUCGCUAUUCUCUGACACCGCAGACCAAGACACAGCUCGAGAGAGAGUUCUAGAGAGAGACGGAGAGGGGGGGAUGGCGGAGGAGAUGGCGAAGAAGAGGGCGUGGUCGCUGAAGAAGGCGAUGGCGGCGAUGAGCAGGGAGAGGCGGCCGUGGAAGCUGCCCGGGAUCAAGUGGAAGGGCAAGAAGAGCCUGAGCCUCGGCUUCCAGAUGGCCGUCGUCGACGGCGUCGUCUUCCGGAUCGUGUCCGUCGUGGAGGCCGUCGUCCUCGUCUCCACGCUCUGCUUCUUCUACCUCUGCUGCGGCUGCCACUUCUGAUCUCCUCGUUCCUCCCUUCCCCCCCGCCACUAAUUUUGCUGAGCUCCUCGAAUUCGACGCAUUGACUGGGUUCUGACUUCUUCGUUGCACAGAGCUAGAUCAGAAGAGCAAGUGUAAUUUGAUAGGAUGCGUUCUGGUGCUUUCCUUUCCCAUUCUUUUGGAUUUUAUCGGAUUAAAUUUCUCGUGGAAUUGUAAUUUGCUACACAUACUUUGUUGAAGUUUUCAUUCCGCAAUCAAUCGAGCAAAUCAGAUUUCGGCUCUUU